AUGGUCGGCGCCGAGGUCGGCUCGGCCGUCGUCGGGCUCGGCGUCGGCGACACCGUCGGGUGGUGCGACGGCCGCGGCGUCGGCACGGGCGUCGGCGACGUCGUCGGCGACGUCGUCGGCUUGGGCGUCGGCGUCGUCGUCGGCGCGGACGAGGGCUUGGGCGUCGGCACGGGCGACGGCCGCGGCGUCGGCAGGGGCGUCGGCGACGUCGUCGGCUCCGUCGAGGGCUUGGGCGUGGGGACGGGCGUCGGCUCCGCGGACGGCCGGGGCGUGGGGACGGGCGUCGGCGACGGCGGCGUCGGGACGGGCGUCGGCGUCGGCGUCGGCGCGGGCGACGGCAGCGGCGUCGGCGCGUCCGUCGGGAGGGGCGUCGGCACGGGCGUGGGCGCGGGCGUCGGCGUCGGCGUCGGCGCGGGCGAGGGCCUCGGCGUCGGCACGGGCGGCAUGUCCGUGGGCGCCGGCACGGGAUGGUGCGUCGGCCGCGGUUCGGGCGCGCUCGUCGGCACCGUCGUCGGCACCGGGAUGGGCGCCGACGUCGGGAAGGGGAUCGGCACGCGCGUCGGGAUGGGCAUGGGCUGGCUCGUGGGCGCCGGCUCGGGCACGCCCGACGGCAGGGGCGUCGGCGCGGGGAUCGGGACGCCCGUGGGCUUGGGCUCGGGCGCGCUCGACGGCACCGGCGUGGGCGACGGGAUCGGCACGCCCGUGGGCUGGCUGAUCGGCACGGCGGACGGCAGGGGCGUCGGCGCGGGCACGGGCAUGCCCGUCGGCUUGCUGAUGGGCACGGAGGAGGGGGCCGGCGACGGCUUGGCCGUCGACGGCGCCGCGCUCGGCGUCAGGGGCAGCCACUCCGCGGCUUCGCCGUCCCCCGUGCAGACGCAGCCGCAGUAG